UAUCCAAAAGCAUAGUGUUAGCAGCUAGCGGCUAACGGCUACAAGGAGGCGGAGGAUCAGCUGUUUGCUAGACAGAUGCUGUAGGAAGAGCGGACAGCAACGCUUUCACAUGAGUGCCGCUGUGACUGAAGGCCAUUAGCAAGACAAAGGUCGCCUCCAUGGAGCCAGCACAGGAGUCUUUGUAGAGGGCGAGGGGGGGGUGUAUAGACGCCCAGAGUGAAAAAAAAAAGAGCCAAAUUCAGCAUUUUAUGGACGAAACCUGAGCCGGGAGUUUACUACAAGUCUUUUAUUGAUGAUGGCGGAUUUUGUUACACCGCGACACAGCGCGGUGAUGGAGAGGCUCCGCCGGAGGAUCGAGCUCUUCCGGCAGCAUCACAACAGCUGCGAGAGCCGCUACGAGAACGCGACGCUGGAGCGACUGGAGCUGGAGAGGCAGCAGACCUUCGCCCUACACCAGCGUUGUCUGCAGGCCAAAGCCAAGCGGUCCAACAAGCACCGGCAGCCCCAGCCCAGCGGCGACCAGGCCGGCCAGAGAGCGCCGGGUGGCGGAGGCGGCGGCGGCGGCGGCGGCGGCAGCGCGGAGCUCGGGGAGAGCGGAGGGACGGCGGCGGAGCAGAGCCGGAACAGCACCUUGAUAGCGCUGCAGGAGACGGUGAAGAGGAAGUUGGAGAGCGCUGGUUCUCCGCUGAGCAGAGAUCAGGUCAACGGCUUCAGCGACAGCUUCCCCCCCAACAAGAAGGCCUGUCUGGACAACGGCACCGCCAACGGCUCCCCGCUGGACUCCAAGCUGGGCAUCAGCGACUCGCUGAACUCUAACGGGACCCACGGGCCGGCGGGGGAGUCGACGGACGGCGGCAGGGAGCCGGGUUCAGACUUCCACCUGAAGGAGAUGAAGCAGGAGCCCGAUGACAUCCUGCCCAUCAUGCCGCCGUCAGGAGGAGGCAACAACAGCCUGUUCCCCGACCUCAACCUGAACGAGCAGGAGUGGACGGAGCUGAUGGAGGAGCUGAACUGUUCUGUGGCUUACGAGGACAUCCAGGACAUUCUCAACGACGGCUUCGAGGACCGCAAAGACCCUCUGGAGCUGGCACCGACUCCAGGCGGUGCUGGGGCGGUGGGAGGAGGAGGAGCAGCAGGCGGUGGGGGGGGCCAGUCGUCCCAGGGUCUGCUUCCUCCAGAUCUGGUCAGCGUUAAGACAGAGUUCUCCCCGGCCUCAGUGGCCUUCGAACAGGACUCUCGCACCGGCUCCCCUCAUGUUAGGUCCACCUCCUCCGGGCCGCCUCCUCACCCCACCAGCUCCCCUGUCGCCUCCUCCUCCGCGUCUUCCCCGGCUCUGGCCCCAUCCCAGCCGGGUCCUCCCCCCAGGCAGCUUCAGCCUCCCCCCAACCACCUUCUCCCUCCGGGACCACCGGUGCCCAAAGACCUGUCCCCCGCCCAGCAGCUCCAGCAGCUGGCCGCCCAGCAGCAGAGAGCCCAGCACCUCCACGGCCAGCUGCAGCACAAACAGCCGCAGCCGGGGGCCAAGUUCCACAGCCAGGGGCCCCAUGCCCACCCCCCACCUUGGCCCCAGAUGGCCAACACCGCUCAGAGCCCACUAGGGGGCGCGUUUGGUAUGGACAAGCCCACAAGCCCCUCCCUGUACCCACAGGACUUCAACCCCAAUGCCCAGAAGCAGCUGCUGAUGCCCAGUCAGCCCAACAAAGGCUCUCCCAAGGCGGUGGCCAGCAGCUACAUGCCAGGGCCCACCGGACACCCCAACAUGCUGGGUCACCCGACUCCAGGGCCGCCUCUCAGCCACCCGCCGGCGCCUGGGGCUCAGGCCUCAGCCGCCAUGCUGAACUACAACAACACCAAACCUCUGUCGCACUUUGAGGCGGGGCCCGGACCCGGGCCGCCACGGCCCCCCAACACCCAGAGCCAGAACAAGGCGGCCCUGCUGACGCUGCUCAGACAGCAGCAACAGAUCAAACAGAAGAACAGCAUGAACUUCCGCCAGCACAUACCACACACGCAGGACCAGAACACCUACCCCGCUCCUCCGCACGGCCCGGGCCCCGCCAACGCCAUGGCGCCCGCGCCCGGAAACAACGCCAUGGCGGCCCAGCCGGGGGCGAACGCCAUGGCAGGUAACCACGGCAACGCAGCUUACCUGAGCCAGGCGGCUGUGGCGGCGGCGCUGAAACAACAGCAGCAGCAGCAGCAGCAUCAGCAGCAGAUCCUGGAGCAGCAGUACCUGCAGAGACAGCAGCUCAUGGCCGAACAGGAGAAGCAGCGGCAGCAGGACCAGCAGCUGCAGCGGCACCUGACCCGGCCUCCCCCACAGUACCAGGACCAGCCGGGACAACCGGCCAAUCAGAACCCUUUCCCACAGCAGCCAGUCAACCAGUUUACAGCUUCUUCUCAGCCAAUGGGCAGCGUCGGCUCCAUGGGAGGCCCCGCCCCUGGACCCCAGCGUAUGUUCCCUCAGAACCAAGGUAUGAUGGGUAUGAACAUGGGUCAGGGCGGUGGCCCGGCAGGUGGCGUAGCUCCGCCCACGGCGACGAGUCAGGCGGACAUCAGUCUGUCGUCCUGCGGGGGCGGAGGGGGCGGGGCCGGCGUGGACGUCCAGCAGGUGCUCUACAACAACAUGAACCUUCACCCCAAUCACCCGCCCCACCCGCCCCAGCAGGCCGGCCUGCAGCGCCAGUCUCUGGGACCCAUGAGCGCCUCCUACAGGCAGAACCUUCUGGCUCAGCAGCAGCACCUGAAGGCGCAGCCCAACGCCGCCAUGUUAAAGCAGCAACAGCAGCUGGCCGCCGCCGCCCGCAUGCCGGGCGCCAUGCAGAACAAUAUGGGGGCCAACCUGCCCGGCUCCAUGCCCGGCAGCAUGCAGGGCGCCCAGAGCGCCGCCUGGCAGCAACAGCUGGCCAGCCAGCCGCCUUCCAGUAACAGCGGCCCCCCCAACGCCUUCAGCAACCCCCCCAACGCCUUCCACAUGCAGCAGCAGCCUCGCAUUCCCAAGAUGCAGCCUGGCGCUGCACCCUUUGGUGCAAACCCUGGCGGGCGUCCCAUGGGAGGUCUGAACCCCGGGCAGCAGAUGAUGCAGACAAACAUGGCAGCCGCCCAGCAGAGGGCGCCGCCCAACCCUCAAAGCCUCGGCCAGCCGAUGGCCAAUCAGCAGCAAACUCAACAACAACAGGCCAAUCAGAACCAGGCUGUCCUCCCCGACCUGGCGGCGUUCGGACAGCCGCAGGGCAACAGCCGCCAGGGACUGCAGUGUAACCAAGGAUACCAGGUGAGCAGGACUGCCAAUCAGCAGCAGCAGCAGGUGUCGUUUGGAUACAACGUGGCGUCGGGGAGCUUCGCCGGGGAGAGCGAGCUGGUGGACUCCCUGCUGAAGGGUCAGAGCACCCAGGAGUGGAUGGCCGACCUGGACGAACUGCUCGCCAGCCACCACUAGUUAGAUACACCUGUCUGCACCUGGAGCACCUGAACCCUGCUGAGCUGCACUGCUGUACCUGCCAGAAGAGUCGCUGAUGACUUUCUGCAGCAGACACGUUAAAGAAAGAUUUCUUUUGUCAGACCAACACUGUUCUGAUCUGUAGAAAAAGAUCCCGACAGGAGGUCGGCGAGUUAGCGUUAGCCGCCCAGCCAGCGAAGAGAAACGACCACCAGCCAGCGCUCCUCCCGCUGUCUUCGAGCUCUGCUCGAAACAUCUCGCUGGCUGGUGAAGUCGUGAAGGUUGUUGAUAAAUGUUGUUUCUUCAGACACCGAUCGCUCUGUGAUCUGUCGACGAGCUGUUUCCUGCCCUGAUGGUAUCACGUUCUCGUUUUAUCAGGGUAGAAAAUAUCCCUCCCACAGAGAUAUAUAUAUA